UUAAUAAAGCAAUCGAACACCAAGAACAACAACAACACCUACGCGACCGUGCAUCGAUUGCAGAAAUAACAAAACUACCUGAAACCAUCAACAACAACAACAACGCAAGAAUGGCUGAAGUUGAAGUAGAGCAAAUUGUUGAAGUCACAGACGAAGUAGCUAAGGAUGAAGAGGUGGACGAAGUCGAGGACCAGCCACGAAGGCUCGAGGUAGCCGCUGAGGAAGAAGAAGCCGAAGAUCCUGGCGUAGAAGAAGAAGAAGAAGCAAACCUUGAUGAAAAAGAAUUGGAAGAAGAAACUGCUGAAGAAGCGGACCCAGCAGAAGAAUCUGAAGAAGAUUCAGAAGAACCUGCUGAGGGAGAAACAGAAGAAGAAGCUUCUGAAGAACCGGAUCCAGCAGAAGAGCCUGAAGAAGAGGAAGAACAUGAAGCCGAUGAAGAAGAAGCUGAAGAAGGG